UUGACUAUUUUAAAGUGAUGGGUUGUGAAGCUGGUAAUGUGAAUAAAGAGAAUGUUGAGAUGCUGCAAAUGAUGGAAGAGGUCCUUUCUUAUCCUCCUCGUUUCAGAUACACCUUCUCAUGCUUGAAUAGCUUUGUUGCCUUAGAUACUACAAAAGUGAAAGCUGUCUUCAGUGGAACAAGCAAACCCCUUCAAAUCAAUGUCACAUUGAAAAAGCCACAAGAAAAUGAGAGUGCAUCCACAUCGCAACUAACUCCCCCUUUGACUCCUAAUAUUGCACCAGCAAAUGAUAUCAAAUCUGAUGUUGUUUUGAUGAAAAUCCUGACUGUUACUGCUGAUAUUUUUUGUGAUGAUCAUCGUGGCAGCAAAUGGUUCAUAUUUGGUCUCAAACUUGGUCUAAACAUAUCCCAACUGCACAAGAUUGAGAUACAGUACAACAAUCCAACUCAGUUUGCUAGAGAGUCCCUUCUUUUGUGGACUGAGGACUGAAAACAAGACUGCAUCAUGGGAGCCAGUAGCUGCUGCACUGGAGAGCAUUGAGCUUAAAUCUGUAGCUAUACAGUUGGAGGGUCAGUUUAAAGAACAGCAUCCAAUACCCACACUUCCAGACAGUGUUCUUGAAGCUGAGCCUAGUCUUCCUGUUCUUAAUAAUUUGGUGGGUGCAAAGAUUGAAGACAAGUAUCACUUGUUUGGGAUUGCUGUUGGUCUAAAUGAAGGCUACCUGAAAGGACUGGACAAAGACUAUCCAACAUGUCAAGAAAGGUUUAAUCAAGUGUUUUAUAAAUGGAGUCAAGUUGAUCCCAAUACAUUCAAAUGGAAGACUGUUAUUGAAGUAUUACAAU